GUCAAUCUACCUGUAUGUGUAUUUAUUUAUUUAUGAUAAGACCACAUGAUUGAAUUCAUCUGUCGAUAGGAGUACAAAUGUAUAACAGUUUGACCUUAUUAAGCAAUAACUUGGUCAAAUAAGAUUGAGAGUACAGAUAUUAUAAUGGAUAGCUUUAAUAUGGAUUUUUUGAAUUCAACAUUGCUAACUCCCGACCUACCAUCUGAUACCGACUUAUUCUUUGGUAUUGCUGACUUCCCGCUAUCUGAUAGCCCACCAAAUCACUUAUCAUUUAAUUCAAUAUGUAUGUCAGCGCUAGACGAAGAAUUAUCUUGUAGUUCUUCCGCAGAUAGUGGCAAAGGAGAAUCGGAAGAUUUGGAAUCAAUUAUACAUAGAGGGGAAUCGGAAGAUUCGGAAUCAAUUAUACAUAGAGCGGAAUCGGAAGAUUCGGAAUCAAUUAUACAUAGAGGAGAAUUGGAAGAUUCGGAACCGAUAAAUAAGGGAGAAUCGAAAGAUUCGAAAUCGGAACAGCCACCGCCAAAGAAAAAACAUCGAAAAAACCAACCGCCUGAUGCUGAACAUCUUCCUCCAUGUAGAGUUUGUGGAGAAAAGGCAUCAGGACUCCAUUAUGGCGCUAAUACAUGUGAACCAUGUAAGGGUUUCUUUCGUCGCAGCAUAGUCAAAAUAGAAAAGAAGAAGGAAAAAUACGUAUGUGCUAAAGGAGAUGAAUCAUGUAAGCUUGGAACUGGAAAACGGACAAUGUGUUCCUAUUGUAGAUAUAAAAAAUGUCUAGAUAUAGGAAUGUCACACAAUGCUAUUAAAAUUGGAAGGUAUACCCACGAAAAGAGAACCAAAGAUAUAACAGAGGUCAGAAAGUUAAAACUAAAAGAAAAUCAGACAGUUGAUACGACAUCACUUGAUGUAAUGGAACAGGAAGUUGAUGAAUUAGUGGCGCGAUUGAUUGUUAUCCAGGAAGAAUUCUGUGCCGAUUUUAGAACAUGUUUUCAACCAGGUGGCCUUCUUGAAAAGCAUAAGUUUGUUUAUGAAAGAUUCAAACUAAAAACGGAAACAUUUGGUAACCUUGCUGCAGUACCAUGGAGUACUUACAAUGAAUUCCUAUCUGCAACUGGAAUGGAACUUGACGAUAGAAAAAGUCGGAUGAACAUUAUAGCAGCACGAAUGGAACAAGCCGUUCGGAACAUGGUUAAUUUUGCAAGAAAUAUACCGGGUUUUUCUGAUCUUCAGACGCCAGAUCAGCUAGCUUUACUUAAAGCUGGUUACUUGGAAUACUGCCUUAUUGGAGGGCAUACUAGAGUUAACACAACUCUCAAAGUAUUUGCAGGUGCUCUUGAAGUACCAAUAUUCGGAUUACAUUUUUCUCAGAUUACACAUUUGGAACCAAAAGUCUUAGACCAGAUUUUAGAUUUUGCCACCAGUUUUCAAAAGUGUCAGUUAACAGUCGAAGAAGUUACACUUGCACGAGCGAUUGUCAUUACAUUUAGUGAUAGAUGUGUCUUACAAGAACCAGAAAAAGUUGACAAAAUCCAGAUGAAUUUAGUCAAUUGUUUACGCUGUAUCGCUAAAAAGAAUCAUAAAAAUCCUGACGAAAGAAUAUGGCAGAUAUUUGACAAAUUUAUGAUACUUCGAAGUUUAUCCGAGCAUGGACCUGAGAUUUUUGCCAGAAGGUCAAAAUGGGAUGCUGUGAAAGACCGUCCUCUUCUACUAGAAAUGAUAAACCCUGAAAACCAACCAGCCUAACAUGGGUUAUUAUUUUUUUGGAAGAUUUUUAUAAAAAAAAUAUUUAUGUUAUAUUGAAUGAAUAUUCACUUUUUGCAUAUUUCAAUCGGCUAUUGACAAUGAAACCAGCAUAAUUUAUUAUCUACAAAACAUUUUAUUGAUGUAUCAAUAUUGUUCUAAAACAUGACAUGCAUAGUCUCAGCAGUUUCAAAUUGAAGCUAUGUUUUCUGAUAUUUGCAGUUAUUUUAUUUUUAAUUAGCAAGAGAAGAGAUCCAUUUUUGAAUUUUAUUGAAGAAAUAUUGAAAAAGAAAAGUAAAUUUUUAGAUUUCAAAGAGUAAGGAAUAUUUUCUAAUGUUUUUUUAUUCCAUUUUUUUUGUUUAUUGUUUGAAAAAGUGAGACAACUCGUAGUUAAGUGAGAUCGUUUUUUCUGUCAAUGCAAACCUUAUUUAAGUAGUUUUUCAUAUAUCUUAGCUAUUAAGAAUUUGCCUUUUGCAAUCAUCAAUUUUCAAUUACAUUUGUUUUCAUCAUAAAUGUUAAAUAACAAGUGACAAUUAUUUGCCAGGUCUCGCACAAUACACGAGAUUGCAUUUUUAUACCAUUGGCAACAUAUUUGUUUUACCUAGUAGUUGGUAUCUGAACAAAACCAGUGACGGAUCCAGGGGACGAAGAGGGCGUACGCCCUUUAUAUCGCCAAAACAAAACAUCUUUCUCACAAUUUAUAUGAUGUUUUAGCAGAGAAUCGUCACUGAAAAGUGAGCUUUUGAUGAUAAGUAAAUUAUUUGUUGUUGCAUCAAUAUCAAAAUGUCGAAAGAGUUUAGAAAAUUACUGUCUCAUAGGACUGAAAACGGCAUAUUGCAGUUUUUGAAAGCAUUUGUAACAAUCACUACGCUUUUUACCCAAAUAAAUUUUAGUUGAAAUAAAAUUUUUAAUCAUUUACUA